CUGGAGAGAGAGAGUGUGUUUUGAGAAGAAGAGGCUAGAGAGAGAGAGAGAGAGAGAGAGAGGAGAUCGUCAGCAUUAGCUUAUUGUGUUACGAGAGCAAAUGGGGGAGGAAGUGAAGAAGCCAGAAGAGGAGAAGAAAGCGGAGGACGAGAAACCGAAGGCGGAGGACCCGACCCCAAAGCCAGAGGACGAGCCCAAGAAAGAGGGCGGUGAAGAGAAACCCUCCGGCGACGCUCCGCCGGCGGAGGAGACGCCGUCACCACCUCCUCCUCCGCCGGAAGAGAUUGAGAUGAGAGUGUUCAUGCAUUGCGAGGGCUGCGCUCGCAAGGUCAAGCGUUCCCUCAAAGGCUUUGAAGGUGUGGAAGAUGUGAGGACCGACUGUAAAACUCACAAGGUGGUGGUUAAAGGCAAGAAGGCUGCAGAGGAUCCGUUGAAGGUUGUCGACAGAGUUCAGAAGAAAACGGGUCGAAAAGUCCAGCUUUUGACUCCGCUUCCUCCGCCGAAGGAGGAGAAGAAGGAAGAAGAGAAGGAGGAGGAGAAGCCCAAAGUUGAAGAAAAGAAAGAGGAGCCUGUAGUGAUUGCGGUGGUGCUGAAGGUGCACAUGCAUUGUGAGGCCUGCGCACAAGAGAUCAAGAAGAGGAUUCUAAAGAUGAAAGGUGUUCAGUCUGCCGAACCUGAGCUCAAAGCCUCACAAGUUACAGUGAAAGGCAUAUUCGACCCCCCAAAACUGGUAGAAUACAUGUACAAGCGUACAGGGAAGCACGCCAUCAUUGUCAAGACUGAGCCAGAGAAAAAGCCUGACGAAGAAAAGCCCAAGGAUGAUGAGAAGCCCAAAGAAGAUAAAAAGACUGAAGAAAAGCCCGAAGGUGAGAAAACCGAGAAAGAAGCCGUGGAGAAGAAAGAUGCUGUCGCCGGGGAUGAGGCAGCAGCAUCUGCCCCAGUAGUGACCGGCCCCGGAGGUGCUGUAAAGGUUGAGCAGAAAAGGAAUGAAUUUUAUUAUUAUUAUCCAAGAUAUCAGCCGAUGGAGUAUGCAUAUCCUCCUCAAAUGUUUAGUGAUGAGAACCCUAAUGCGUGUUCUGUAAUGUAGAGAAAUUUGAGGGGGUUGGUUAUAAAUAUGCUGGAAGGUAUUAGGAAUAAGUGACUCUUUUUGAUGGGGGAAAGAGACGUGGGUGGGAUGGGUGAAAUUACCCUUUUUUUUAUUUUGUUUUCUGGGGUUGUAAUUAGAAUGAAGAGUCUUUCCCUUGGGUCUUAAGGAGAUGAACCGAAGAGGAUGUAGAAUUUUUUGAGUUUAGGUUUUUAUUUUAUUUUCUUUUGUAGCUUUUAUGCUGUAUGUAAAAUAUAAUGUAAACGCUAUUAUUCUCUAUCCUGCUGCUUUGUAGAGGUUUUUUCUA